CCGGCGGGGGGCGGUGGCGGCGGGCAGGCUUCCUGCGGCCGCCUUUGCACUGACCCCAGCAUGGCGGUGAUGGGGGUGCAGGUGGUGGUGACCCUGCUGGCCGCCAGCCUCAUGCAGAAGAUGGCCCCGCACUGGUCCUUCGCUCGCUGGCUGCUCUGCAACGGCAGCCUGCACCGGUACAAGCACCCCUCGGAUGAGGAGCUCUGCGCUCUGGCAGGGAAGCAGCGCCCCAAGGCCAAGCGGGACAGGAGGAUGAACGGCGUGAUGGAUGACAAGCCCCUCUCUGUGCCCCGGGACAUCGACCUCCGCCUGGACGCCAGCCCCAUCACUGCCGUGGAUGCUCUUGUGCUGCGUUAUUUCCUGGACUACCAGUGGUUUGUGGACUUUGCUCUCUACUCCACUGCCGUGUAUGUCUUCACUGAGGGCUACUACUGCCUGGUGGACCCCCAGAAGGAGAUGAACAUCGGGGUGCUCUGGUGCCUGCUGACAGUUGUCUUCUCCGUCAAGGUCUUCUUCAUGGUGAUGCGCCAUUACUUCCGCUCAGAGGAGGGGGGCGAGCGCUCUGUCUGCCUCACCUUCGCCUUCUUCUUCCUCCUCCUCGCCAUGGUGGCCCUGGUCAUCCGUGAGGACUACCUGGAGUUCGGCCUGGAGCCCGCGCUGGCUGGAGUCAGCACCAACCUGGAGAGCAUCCUGAAGCAGCGGGGCUGGGAGUGGACGCUGCCCGUCGCCAAGCUGGCCUUCAAGCUGGGGCUGGUGGCCCUGUGCUCCUUCCUGGGCGCCUGCCUGACCUUCCCGGGGCUGCGCCUGGCCCAGACACACCUCGAUGCUCUCCGGAUGGCGGCUGACAAGCCCCUGACCCAGGUCCUGCUCCACGGGAGUUUCCUGGCGCCCGUCCUCGUGGUGGUGAUGUGGAUCAAGCCCAUCUCACGGGACUUCCUGCUCCACGCGCCCAUGGGCAAGCAGACAGUGCAGAUCAUGUCAGACUCUGCCUACAACACCGUGCGCCUCUGGACCGUCGUUGGCCUCUGCCUGCUGCGCUUGGCCGUCACCCGGCAUCACCUCCAGGCGUACCUGGGCCUGGCCGAGCGCUGGGUGGAGCAGAUGAGGAAGGAAGCCGGGCGCAUCCCUGUCCUGGAGAUCCAGCGCAAGAUCACAAGGAUUUACUGCUAUGUCUCCGUGGUCAGCCUGCAGUACCUGGGACCCAUCAUCCUCACCCUCCACUGCACGCUGCUCCUCAAGACACUGGGGCACCACUCGUGGGGGCUGUACCCGGAGCCCCCUCCCGUGCCCCCGGCAGUGGUGGCCCCGCGGCGCCCCGGUGGUGAGGACGUGCGCGCCGCGGUGGAGCAGGUCUCGGCUGUCAUGGGCAGCAUCUUCACCCCCCUCUUCUUCCGCGGGCUCUUCGCCUUCCUCACGUGGUGGGUGGCCGCCUGCCAGGUUGUCACCAGCCUCUUCGGCCUCUACUUCCACCAGUACCUGGCAGCCUCCUGACUGGGGGAGCCUGGGCAGCACCGGCGGUGCCCGGCUGCUGGUCCCUUUGCUCCUGCCUUGGCUGGUUUCCCUUGGCACACGUGGACUCACAUGUUGGGGAUGUUUCUGCUGCCAGCUCUUGGUGUGACGGGUUUUAAGCCUUGGGGCCAGCAUGAACAUCGCCUGCUCCUGCUGCCGAUCACCACCGUGCCUGCUCUCACCCUGCUGCUGCUCCGGGCCAUGUCCCUCCAGCCCUUCUCCCCCAUUCCUGGCCCCGGGUGGUGAUGGAGGAGCCGAGCCCUGGUGCUGGGUUUGCUGCUGCCUGCUCUGACCCGACGUGGGGACAAUUCUGCUGCUGUGUUCUCCUUGACGCAGCGGUUCCUGCCAGCCCUGGGCGUUACGUGUUGGGCAGAGGGCUCCAUGGGCAUUGCCUGUGCCUGGUGGGGCAGCAGCUUGUUUUGCCAGGAUGGACUUUGGGGUUUGCUCUGCCACCCGUCUGCCUCCAUCGGCUGUGGGUGAGUGCGUUUUUAGGGUCGCUGCUCUGGCCAGCAGGGUUGGAGCUCCUUGGGUCAUCCUUCUGCUUCGUGUGAAAGCCUCAGGCUGGUUUAGAAAUAAAGAAGUAACCCAGA